CCCCGCCAGUUUCAGGCGUGCACCGCGGUUGGUGCAGUGUGUUCUUACGCUGCAGUACGUGUUGUUACUGUUGCUAGAGCUAUACUGUGCUGCCAACUUACAAGUCUCCCUGUAACUGUUGGAAAAAGCGUGCAGGAGACACUUUGGCAGAAAAGAGCAUGGUCCCGGACUGGUGGACGCUGUGCUGGUCUGUGGUGUCGGGCGUGCUGGUGCUGGCCGCCCUCCGCUGGUACCGCUUCCACACGCACUUCUCGCGCCGCGGCCUGCCCCACGCAACGCCUCUGCCCUUCGUCGGAAACAUGCUGGACAUGGCGCUCGGCAGGAAGUCUCGGACAGAUCUCUUGAUCGCACUGUACAACAGGUUCCGGAAACAUCACUACGCGGGAGUCUACUUCUUCGGGAUGCCCUUCGUCAUGGUGACGGAUCCAGAGAUCAUUCGCACCAUUACCGUCAAGGAUUUUGAUCACUUUACCGACCAUAACGACAUGAUCAACGCUGACAGGAACGACAAUCUGCUGCAGAAGAUGUUAAUCUCCUUGAACGGAAAGGAAUGGCACGACAUGCGGACCACGUUGAGCCCGGCAUUCACUACGACGAAGAUAAAGAACAUGUUCGUGCUGAUGAAGGAGACUGGACAGCAGAUGGUCAAUUAUUUAUCUGAGAGGACUGCGGAACACAAGGGUUCCAGUGGAAAUGACGUCCUGAUACUGGAGAUGAAGGAAUUUUUCACUCGUGUUACCAACGAUGUAAUAGCUAACACAGCUUUUGGUGUCAGGGUGGACUCGCUGUCGGAACCCAACAACACUUUCUACAGCAUGGGCCGUACUAUCACCAAUAUGAAUGCACUUGUUGUUUUCGGAUACUUUGUCUCCCAGAAGCUCAUGAAGCUGUUAAACAUUCCCUUCUUGGACCAAAGGGCGGAGCAGUACUUCAGGUCGGUGGUUGCAGAUACUAUCAAGACGCGAGAUAAAGAGGGAAUCGUUCGUCCCGAUGUGAUCCAACUGUUGAUGCAGGCUAGGAGGGGUGAACUGAAGGCAGAAGAGGACGAAGAAAACGGCACCAGUGGAGGCCGGCGUAAGAGACUCACCGACGAAGACGUGGCGGCGCAGGCGAUGCUUUUCUUCUUCGCUGGCUUCGAGACCGUGGCGACCGUGCUGACGUUCUGCAGCUACCUGCUGGCGACGAACGAGGAGGUGCAGCGGCGGCUGCAGCAGGAGGUGGACGAGCUGAUGCAGAAGAGCGGGGGGCAGCCCAGCUACGAGCAGAUCGUGGGCUGCCAGUACCUCGACAUGGUAGUCUCUGAGACGCUCCGGAUGUAUACGCCGGGCACUAACUCCGACCGCAAGUGCGUGAAGCCGUACCGCCUGCCCGCCACCGACACCUGUCCUGACGGACUCCAGCUGGAGCCUGGAGACGGCGUCUGGAUCCCCGCGCACGCCCUCCACCACGACGAGAAGUACUUCCCCGACCCCGAGCGCUUCGAUCCGGAGCGCUUCAGCCCGGAGAACAAGCACCUCGUCAAGCCCUUCACCUACAUCCCGUUCGGCGUUGGACCUCGUAUUUGCAUUGCCCAGAGGUUCGCGCUGCUGGAGAUGAAGGUGAUGCUCGUCUACCUGCUGUCCAGAUUCAGUCUCCAGGUGGUCGACAAGACGCCGGUGCCUCUCAAGAUCGACCCAAAGAGUGUCGCACUGUCCAUCAGUGGCGGCGCCUGGGUGGGAGUCCGUCCACGAUGCUGAAGCAUUGAGUCGUGAUUGGCCGCUGCGUGCAACUCUGCCGGCCUGUUGUCAAUCGCACUUAGGCGCAACGUAACUUAUCCGUAGGUGUUACAGUAUUACCGAUAUGUACCAAGGCAAGUAAAGUGUCUGAAUUUGUCCUGAUAA